AUGUAUCUCUCUCGUGCUGCAAACCGGGCACGUCUCGCCAGCCGGCUGACUCCCGCGUCCUCACUUCGCUGCGCUUCCUCAUCAAGCAUCGCAAAAGCAAGUGUAGCGACGCUUGUUUCAGCUCGAUCCUCGACGCCUCUCACUUGCACGAUCUACAACCACCCCCGCCUGCCGUACGCGGUAAGGACCAGCGGUCUUACAGGCUUCAGAUGGUCGUCUUCCGCUGCGCUGGCUUCCACUUCACCCGAGGCAGCCAAAGUAGCUGAAGACGCUGAGACUGAGACCGAAAAUGACCCCUUUCGCAAGAUCGGCUACUUGUACUUUGACACGGUCUUCCCCAUCCGACUCGGCUUUUGGGACAUCCGAUACAUGCUUGCUUCGCUUGAAAAGCGCUCCGUCCUCGAUCGAGUCAAGGCCAGCUUACCCCCUGAUCAGAGCGUAGGCUACGGAUUCAAGGUCAUCGGCGCUGAAGAGCGCAUGAAGGAUGGCGGUGCCUUCAUUACUUUCUCCUACCGUGAAGAUCCCAACGAGAAGAGCGAGGAGUCACUCAACAUCAUCGAGAAGCGUCUCAAGUCCGGCGUGCGACGUGUUUUCAACCCACUGCUCUUCUUUCUCGGGACACCAGGCAUUCAUGUUGUGCGUGGAAAGCCGUUCCGCGAAGACAUGAACAUCUUCCCCGCCACGCGCAUCUUUGUCAAGCUCGAAGGUGGAGACGCCAGCGAGGAGCAGCUGUGGCAGACUCUACGUCCCUACGGUCGUAUUGUUUCCAUCGUCAAGGAAAAGCCCUCCGAGGCUCUCGUCACCUUUUCGCGUAUUCGAGGCGCUACCAGUGCACGCAACUGCGCCCAUGGCUUGGAGCUUCCCAAUGGCGCCCGCUUCGUCAUAACCUUCCGCAGCAAGCUUCGCAGCAAGCAGGCCUGGGACUGGAUCUCGAAUCAUCCCAGACUCGUGUUCCCCUUGGUCGCCUUCCUCAUCGGUGGUAUCUCGUACAUCGUCUUUGACCCCGUGCGCAGGUUCAUGGUCGAAAGCAAGGUGCACAACACAUUCUCACUUGACGAGUAUCGCGUCUACACCUGGCUCAAGCAGAACACCGUGGGUCUGUUCAAGGAUGCCGAUGCCAACGCCAACGCAGAUGUCGAUGACUGGUGGGAGCGCAGACAGUCGGCAGAGACGAUUCAAGAGUGGAUCCGCGAAAAGCCAUCCACCUUUGUCACCAUCUCAGGUCCCCGCGGUUCGGGAAAGACGGCUCUCGUGAGCAAGGCUAUCACGCGCGACGUUCAGCAUCUCGUCAUUGACUGUGAUGCCAUCGCAAAGACGGCCAAGAACGAUUCGCUGCUUAUCGACGCACUCGCCAACGAGACCGGAUACUGGCCCGUGUUUAGCUGGCUGAGCAGCAUCAACAACAUGAUUGAUCUGGCUGCCGUAGGUCUCAUCGGUUCCAAGGCUGGAUUUGCCACACCCACGGAUGCGCAGCUCAAGCAGAUGCUGGGUGUUGCAACCAAUGCGCUCAACCACAUCAACGAGCAGACGCAGAAACGCAUCGCCAAAGCCGAGAAAGCGCGCUUUGCGGCCGAGAAGAAACUAAACAAGUCUGCCGCAUCUACACCCACGCCGGCCACAUCUGCUGCGCAGGCUGGUGCCACGGAUAAGAAGGAAUCCUUCGAAGAAAAGGCGUCGGCACUCGCGCACAACACGAUCGAGUCGAUCCAGUGCCUUGUCACUGGAGUAGAUGGAGAGGCGGAGGCCGAAAAGAGGGACAAGAAGAAGACGUUUGACUCGCCUGUUGUGGUGAUCAAGCAAUUCCACCACAAGGGCAUCAAACAAGCCAUCUUGCACCAGGUGCUGGCCGAGUGGGCGGCGGAGCUCGUUACCAACGGCAUUGCACAUGUCGUUUUUGUAUCCGAUAACCCGGUAGGCAUGGGUAAGGAGCUGGCCAAGGCGCUACCCAAUGUUCCUUUCCAGGGCAUCGCGCUCGCCGACGCUGAGGAGGACAAGUCGCGCAGCUACGUGUACAACAAACUCAAGGAGAUGGGUCGCUUGCCUAUGCUUGCGUCGACGAGUUCGUCUGCGCCUGUCUACGGGACCACUGCCAAGCCGGUCGAAGCAACGCCAGCCGACGACUUUGCCACCCCGAACGCGGGCUAUGCAUCCAAAGCCGAAGCAGCAGCAGCAGCAGCACUACCGACCGAAUCGCAGUAUGCUGCAACGCUGGACGAUGAGACGGCUUCGUGGGUCGACAAGCUCGGAGGACGGCUAACGGAUCUCGAGACGCUGGUUCAAAAAGUAUCGCUGGGACAGACGGUCGAGUCGGCAGUACACGACAUUAUCUCGCGCAGCGUGGUUGAGCUACGCAAGAACGCGUUUGGCGACGAUUCGGGCGAAGCGUCUUCGCUGCCCUGGACACGUGCGCAAGCGUGGACGAUUGUGAGCAAGUUGGCAAAGACGGACGAAAUCUCAUACUACGGACUGCUGUACAACGAGUUCAAAGGCAACGAGACGGCGAUCAAGGCACUCGAGCAGGCCGAGAUCAUCUCGGUGCGACACCACGAGGGACGACCCUCGGCGAUUCGUGCUGGCCGACCUGUGAUGCAGCAAGCCAUCAAGAAGCUGGUGGGCGAUCGAGUGUUCAACGACACGCAGACGCUGCUCGCCAACGCCGGCGCAAUCGAGUCGGCAGAAAAGAGCCUGCGCAUCAUUGAAGCCGAAAUCGCCGACAUCAGCAAGAUGAUCCAAGGCUCGCCGUUCCGAGUCGCCUCCGGAAGCGGCACCACCUCGGGCGCCGUCCUCCCACCACCACCCGCUGUAGACGAGAAGAAAGAAAACGGCAGCGGUCUGCUUGGCAUUUUCGGCAGCAGCACCAACAGCGGUGCAUCAGCGCCUGCGAUCAGCACGAGCGAGGCAGCCAAAGCUAGGACCGAGUUCCUGAUGUCCAAGAUGGCCGAGCUGCAGACAAAGAUCUCCAAGCUGGAUGCGCUCAACACGGCCAUCAAGGCGCGGUUGGCUGCUCACGCGGACUAG